GAUGCUGGGGCCUUUCAGUAUCUUCAAAAGGAGUCCCAGGUUGUCACAUUGAAAAAAGAAAGAAAAGGGGAAAAAGAAACCCUUACCACCACAUGUGAAUAUAAAAAAGAAGAGAACCCCAACCAAUUGCACCAGCACCGGAUGGAGAAACCAGCUGACACAACCCGGCUAGGGAAGCUUGGGGUUUAUCUCUUUUGACUUCAGGAAAGCCUGAACUCAGUUAGUGCAGUUUUUGAAGCAUGGCCUGAAUACAUUCAAGUCAUUAUCGACACAGUGCUAUCACAAUCAAACAGGAAGAAUCUGAAGACAUAAGAACUACAUGCAAGGAACAUGUCAUUUAGCAUCUCUUUUUGAUCUGCACGGGAGACACGGAGAAGUCACAUCAUAGCGAUGACGACUGCUUCAGUCGGCAGCUGGCCUUGCUCCUCCCAUGGAACAAGCUUUAUAACUAAUCACAGUGACCAAGUGCCACAAAAUGUCUCGGGAGCACCAAACGUUACUAGCUGUUCCAUGGAUGAAAAAUUACUAUCCACUGUGUUAACAACAUUCUACUCUGUUAUCUUCGUUGUGGGAUUGGUUGGAAACAUAAUCGCCCUCUAUGUGUUUCUGGGCAUCCACCGCAAAAGAAAUUCCAUUCAAAUUUACCUACUUAAUGUCGCCAUUGCAGACCUUCUGCUCAUCUUCUGCCUCCCCUUCCGAAUAAUGUAUCACAUUAACCAAAACAAAUGGACGCUAGGUGUGAUUCUUUGCAAGGUUGUGGGAACACUAUUUUAUAUGAAUAUGUAUAUUAGUAUUAUUUUGCUUGGAUUUAUCAGUUUGGAUCGCUAUAUAAAAAUUAAUCGGUCCAUACAACAACGCAGGGCAAUAACAACCAGACAAAGUAUUUAUGUUUGCUGUAUAGUGUGGACAGUUGCUCUUGCUGGAUUUUUAACUAUGAUUGUUCUAACACUUAAGAAAGGAGGGCACAAUUCCACAAUGUGUUUCCAUUAUAGAGAUAGGCAUAAUGCUAAAGGAGAAGCCAUUUUUAACUUUGUUCUUGUGAUAAUGUUCUGGUUCAUUUUCCUACUAAUAAUCCUUUCGUACAUUAAGAUUGGCAAGAAUCUACUGAGGAUUUCAAAAAGGAGGUCCAAAUUUCCUAAUUCCGGUAAAUAUGCCACUACAGCCCGGAAUUCCUUCAUCGUACUGAUCAUUUUUACUCUCUGUUUUGUUCCCUAUCAUGCCUUUCGAUUCAUCUACAUUUCUUCGCAGCUCAAUGUAUCAUCUUGCUACUGGAAGGAGAUUGUUCACAAAACCAACGAGAUCAUGCUGGUUCUCUCAUCUUUCAAUAGCUGCUUGGAUCCAGUCAUGUAUUUCCUGAUGUCCAGUAAUAUUCGCAAAAUAAUGUGUCACCUUCUCUUUAGACGAUUUCAAGGUGAAGCAAGCAGAAGUGAAAGUACUUCGGAAUUUAAACCAGGAUACUCCCUGCAUGAGACGUCUGUGGCAGCUAAGAUGCAGUACAGCUCUAAAAGUACUUGAGGCAACAUACUGGAAAGAUUGAUACAAUCCAGCCUCUUAGUUCCUCAAAGAUCUAAAAAACUUUGAAACAAAGCCCUUGCAUUUACAAAACUCAGGCCUUCUCAAAGCUCUGUUCACAUUUGUGAUAUUUCAUUUGCUUACUUGUAAAAUGUCUCAAGGCAAAGGAAAGCUUAUAAACUGUAUGUAAAAUUCUCUCAAAAUACAGUGUUAAGCUAACACUCUUAACAUGGAUUAUAAAGUUAUAUGAGAUUCAUGGCUUUAACAACAGAAUAACUAAAGGAAAUAUCAUAGUUUCUCAAGUCAGUAAAGUAGUUACUAAAAGCAAGCACUUGAUACUAAAUUAAAUUUUGUUUUCCAAGUAAGUUAAGUGAUUUUAGGAUUGACUUAAAAUGUCAGAAAAUAUAUGCUCAUUUAUCAUUUUAAAAGCUUGUGUAAUUUGCUUCUGUAUUCAUGUAUGCCUAAAUUUCUAUUAACAGAUGUAAUGAUAAUGAAAUUCUAAUAAAAAUGAGAUCACCCACUAUC